AUGGAUAUUAUCCGAGCGCCUGGAAAUAUUAAUAUUACCACUAGCAACGACAGCCUGGAGCCGUUGUUGCGUGCUAGCCCUCAGCAGCAAUCAAAACCAAAGGACAAUAACACAAACGGUGCCCAGCAACAUUUCAAGCAUCCCAGUAAAGACCCGCAUCAGCAACAACAACACUAUCGCCAUAACGCCGAUGGUCAACAGCACGCUCCCAGUGGCAGGAAUGGCUUAAAAAGUAACGCCAGCAGCACCAGCAGUAAUCCACCGGCGUCUUUACCGAGUCCGGGAAGUGCGACCGGUGCGGCCAUGCCAACCAGUGGCGCCCAGUUGCGCCACCAAACGCCACCGCAACCGGUCCAAGGUUCGUCGACCGAUUCGGGCAACAGUUCCUGCGGAAGCGGCGCGGCCAGUUGUAGUAGUGCGAGUGCGAGUGUCGGUGGAAGUGUCGGUGGUGGUGGCGGUGGGGGAGGCAGUGUCGAUGAGCCUGAAACUUUAAAUCAGUCCUCCACCCCCGGUGUGACAGAGCAACCGAAAACGCCCGAGUUGCAAAACCACCCGUUGCGUUCGUCGUCGUCCUCGAGUUUAAAAAAUCGCAACAUUUACGUGAAUAAAACCUACGAUGGUGGCGCGAAUGUGGAGGACGUUGCAGCUGACGGUGGUUUCCGUUCGGCUGUAGUUUCGAUCGAUGAAGGAAUAGAUGGUUGUUCGGGGACGGGAAGUACCCGAACGAUGGACCAGCGGCAAGCCACCGGUAGCAGUCAGCAGCAGGAACCGGAUGAGGACCCCAUACCGGGCGGGGAGGAAGAAGUGAAACCCCUGCUCGAGCUAACCAACGAGCGACGGGGCCGGCCAAAGACGAAGAGCAUCGUAAAGAGUCCGUCGAGCCAGAGUUUCGGCGAAAAACCGGCGCGCGUUCUUAGUCUGCAGUUUUCCCAACCGGAAUCGGUGAUCGUCGCCGAACGGCCGGUCCAUCAUGUGCAGUUCAGCAGCAACAAGCACUGCGUCGGGGUGCAUGGAUCGGAGAGUGGAGAGGACCGGGCGCUGCUCGGUGGCUCGACGACGGCGGCCGGAGGUUUGGGUGGUUCCACCACCUCCGAUCAGAUGUGUUCGAGCCCGGUUGGAAGCAUUUUGUCGCACGGUUCCGGUAGUUCGUCGUCUUCCUCCGGAUCAUCGUCGUCCUCGUCGUCGAACGAGAACAGCUCGCUCGGGGCGUACGCGGAAGCGCGGCCCCCGGAUGGUGGCUGGGGAUGGGUCGUGUGCUUCGCCUCGUUCAUGGUAAAUCUGAUCGCGGACGGCGUGACGUUCAGCUUCGGUGUGAUGUACAUGGAACUGCUGUCGUACUUCGGCGAGGGCAAGGGUAAGACGGCAUGGGUUGGCUCGUUGUUUAUGGCCAUGCCGCUGCUGUGCGGCCCUGUUGCGUCCUUCCUGACGGAUCGCUACGGUUGCCGGAAGGUGACCAUCGUCGGGUCGAUUCUAGCGUCGAUCGGGUUUGCACUGUCCGCGUACGCCAACUCGAUCGAAAUGUUGUACCUUACGUUUGGUAUUUUGGCCGGUUUCGGAUUGAGUUUGUGCUACGUCGCAGCGGUUGUGAUCGUGGCGUACUAUUUCGAUAAGAAGCGCUCGUUUGCGACGGGCCUAUCGGUGUGCGGAAGCGGUAUCGGCACGAUGGUGUUUGCAUCGCUGACGCAGGUGUUGCUGGAUAACUUUGGCUGGCGCGGAACGACCCUCAUACUGGCGGGCGUCUUUCUCAACAUGUGUCUCUGUGGCCUUCUGAUGCGCGACCUCGAGUGGACGACGCACAAAUCGAAGCAGAAACGUCGCAAACAGCAGCUUCAGCAGCAGCAGCAGGCGGAUUCGGUCAGCAAUAGUACCAACACGGCAGGUAAUGCCAGCGUGCUCAAUGGGGGGAUCGUCGAGGGAGCUGGUGGAGUCGGUAUUGUCGGUGGAAGUGGUGCGGAUGGAGUGAACGACCAUCAUCUGUACGAUCUGGACGAUCCACGAUUGUUCAGCUCGUUGAUUACGCUACCGACGUACCUGCAGAACGGUGCCGGCCACGAUAAGAUACCGCUGGAGGUACUGGCGAUGCUGAGCAAGCAGCACAACAUGCACGAUCAUCACGUGCUGCAGGGUUUCCCGACGGCUCAGUUGAACAAUUCGCGAAGCUUCAGUGAACCACUUUCGCCGCAAGUGGCGGAGGAGGAGAAGGAAGACGUCGAGAAAGCCAAGGAAGCCACCAAUGGCGUGAUGAUGGACAGCCAACGCGGGAUGGAUGAGCAGGAGGGUACCAAAGAAACGAAUGGCGCUGGCGAUGAAACAGUGAUCACGCCAUCGCGUCAACGAGCUGCAGGUGGAGCACGGACCGCGGCAAGAGGACGGGACGCGGCCGCCGCCGGUGGUCAGAAGCGGCACCCGAUCGCCACCCAGUACGACCACGAUGGUACUACUCCGCUGCCGCCGGUGUUCCUGCGUCGGGUGCACAGCCACAGCACGCGCGGUACGGCCCCGACCGCAGUCGCAGGCACUGGCGCGUCCACCGCCUCCUACCUGAAGGACCUGCGGAUGCACCGCCACUCGCUGACGUACCGCGGUGCUAUGCUGAACAUUCAGCGCUACCGGCUGCGGGCCUCCUCCUGCCCGGACAUCUACCGCAACUCGAUGACGACGAUCGCGAAGGAGAAGUCCGCCUGGUACCAGGGGGUGGAGGAGUUCCGUGCGCUGCUGGUCAGCAUUCUGGACUUCUCCUACUUCUCCGACAUGCAUUAUCUGCUGUUCGCUAUCUCCAACUUCCUGCUGUACACGUUCUACGACGUGCCGUACGUGUACCUCGGGGAUAAUGCGACCCAGAUCGGAUUCAGCCCCACCGAGUCUUCCAUGCUGAUUUCCAUCAUUGGCAUACUGAAUAUGGUUGGGGAGGUCUUUCUCGGCUGGAUGGGCGAUCGGAAGUCGGUCAACCCAAUCUACACGUACGCCCUCUGCAUGGCACUGUGCGGGCUCGUGACGGCGUUGGUACCAUUAUUCAGGGAUUACACGAGUCUGUCCGUUCUGGCUGGUGGCUUCGGACUGUUCAUAGCGGCAAACUACUCGCUGACCAGUAUUAUUCUGGUGGAGCUGAUCACCCUGGAGCGUUUCACCAAUGCGUACGGAUUGCUGCUGUUGGUGCAGGGCGUAGCGAACCUAGUGGGACCACCGUUGGCAGGUUGGAUAUCCGAUUUGACCGAGUCUUACGAUCUAGCGUUUUAUUUGGCCGGAUUUUUCAUCGUCAUUUCCGGCGCCCUGCUGCUAGUCUUGCCAACGAUUGCGAAGGCUCGCAAGGUGUUAGACAAACGCCGCCAAAGCAGCAUCGCAAAUGGGGCGGCGAACGGCGAGCUGAAUAAUCUGCGUAAAAAGCAUUCUUCCGGCAGCUAUCAGCAGCAACAGCACAAUAACAAUAUCUCCGCCAAACCGCCGGUAACUUUGGAUCUGAAAACGACGUUUAUUGGCAACGGUAAAGGUGGCAUCGAUCCGAAGAAGGGUGGAGGACCCCCUACACCGAACGGGCGCGUAUUUGGUUUGGAUAGCAAAAAUGUCCCCCUGGAGGCGGGUGCUAACGUUUAA